AUGAUGGCCCCCGCUGGACAGAAUGGCGGUCUCACCUCAGACGGAACUCCGGACAUUGCAGCAACUCAUCCGUUCACUUGCAAUACUUGUCAGGUCGCCUUCAGAAAUACCGAUUCCCAGAGAACCCAUAUGCGAAGCGAUUGGCAUCGAUACAAUUUAAAGCGUCGAGUCGCAGCCCUUCCUCCUCUAUCUUCCGAGAUAUUUGCUGAAAAAGUUCUUACUGCCCAAGCAGUCAAUUUCGCUGCUGCUGCUAAGGCAUCCUUUGAAAAAUCAUGUGCAGCAUGUCAGAAAACUUUCUUCAGUGAAAAUGCCUUCCAGAAUCAUAUGGCUAGCCAAAAGCACAAAUCGAGGGAAACGCAAUUGAGAAAAAACGGAGGCUUUCAGGAUGAAACAGCUUCAGUGAUGAGUGGCACGUUUUCUCUGGGGGAACCAGUCAAUGCUACUCCAACCCCGUCCGUCCAGGAGUCUGCUGAGGAAGAAUUCUCUAAAAUUGUGGAUGGGUUGCAAUACACAUCGAUCGAGAGUGAGGAUCCAUUAUUAAAGUGCCCACCUAGACCAACUCAUUCCGCCACCGCUGGGGCUUGUCGAACUUCAUCCAGCAGGGCCCCGCAUGAGCAUGAUGAGGACUACGCCCUGACCCACUGCAUGUUCUGCAACCGCAAUUCAGACUGUGUCAAACUGAACGUCUUCCACAUGAGAAAGUUCCACGGCAUGUUUGUGCCCGAACAGGCAUAUCUGGUUGAUGGGGAAGGCUUGCUGAAAUAUCUCUUUAACAAGAUCACAAAGAAUAAUGAGUGUCUCUACUGUCAUAAGAUCAAGUCGAACACCGCCGCGAUUCAGACCCAUAUGCGCGACAAGGGACAUUGCAUGAUUGCAUUCAGCACGGAAGACGAAAUGCUCGAAGUUGGCCAGUUUUACGACUUUUCUAGCACUUAUUCUGAUGACGAGGACGACGAAGAGGACGAGCAUGUUUCGACGGCUGUUGAUGCCAAGGAGGCUGGAGACGAUGACGGAUGGGAGACUGACAGUUCAACAUCAACUAUCGACGGCGGGGACGCAUUAUAUCAUGACUAUGAGCUCCAUCUUCCAUCCGGCCGUACGGCGGGCCAUCGUUCCUUGUUCAAAUAUUUCCGACAAAAUUUGCGCAAUUAUCCAACCCCCGAAGAGCGCCUGCUACGACAGCGUGCAAUUACGGACGCCGCGCAGAACCCGGACAUACAUGACACGGAUGCCAGCUCUAGAAGGAAUAAGGCUCUCAUCUCCAGAGCGAAUGGCGGACUUGGGAUGGUUGGUGCAACCGACUCCCAAAAGCGGGAAGUCAAAGCUGCGGAGCUUAGAGAGCGGAGGCGUGAGCACAAGGCGCAAAAACAAUAUGAGUGGGGCAUUAAUAAGAGGGGUAAUCACCAGAAGCACUUCAGGGAUCAUCUACUCCAGUGA